AUGUAUGACCAAGCGCUCAGUGAAGGCCGUCAACACCUAUUGGGAUCAAUUUCGCUUAAAAUACAACUGCUGGAUGAGGCCGUACUGUCUAAGGGAGCCAGAUCACUGGAGCAGAUCUUCAGUGCUGAUAACAAUGUCGAAGGUCGUAAGAGAAAAGACCAGAGCGGUCUGAUGGGUCUAGCGAUGGCAAUGAAGGCAUCCAUGUUGUCUAUGGUGAUGGCGGGCGUAGCGGCCAUGAGUGGAAAGGCUCUUAUGGUGUCCAUGAUGGCAUUGGCAUUUGCAGCACUUGAAUCAAAUAGAUAA